CCCGUUGCCAUGGCGACUGCAUCCACAGGAGGCAUGGCGACAUCUCAUCUCUAUGAUUACAGUUCUUCCAAGGCAUCAGACAGGGGCAACGGCUCCUUCUACACCUCCUUGAUUUCUGAUGACCUCUACACGUCUCCUCAGGAUUCGUCCUACUUCACUGGGAUUCAGCCGAAAGGGGACAGCCAUGUUACGACUUCAGACAGCACUGAAGGGUUUCACAUCCAGGACGGGACCACCUUUGAGUCUCGCGGCUUGUUCACCUCUGAUUCGGGAAUAGAGAUGACCCCAGCGGAAUCCACCGACGUCAACAAAACCUUUGCUGAUCCCAUGGAGCAAAUGAAAUCAGAAGCUUAUAAAUACAUGGACAUCAGUCGAUCGGAAGAGAUUAAAUGCCAAGAGCGGUGUGACACAGGCGUGGGAGACGUUGGCCCCCCGAGCUGGAGGAAUAAAAGUGAGGAGGAUAGACCUGGCUCCAAAGGGACAGCUUUUGAGGAAAAACACGGGGGCAAAGAGCCAGGCUUAUUUGAGGGGUCCAUUUUCUCAUCAGAGACAUUUGGCGACCAUCAAUACCAUGCCUCAGUAGAAGCCCCGGUCAAGAUUACUUUUACUGAGAUCGAAAGUGCGGUAGGGGAGCCUGCUGCUAAGGAGAAAAUUGCAGGAAAAGGAGAACCAGGCCUCAAACCAAGCCACGAGGUAGUCCCAACAGUGACCGUGUCUGAGCCGGAAGAUGACAGCCCAGGUUCAAUCACACCACCUUCAUCAGGAACAGAACCAUCCGGCUCAGAGUCCCAAGGGAAAGGAAGCCUGUCUGAGGAAGAACUUAUCAACGCCAUUAAGGAAGCAAAGGGCUUUCCCCACGAACGCCCCGAUGGCCAACGAUCGCCUGCGGCCCUGCCGAAAAAACAAGACCCCCAAAGCAAGUCGAGUCUUCCUGGGGGCGGCCCGCCCGUAGACAAUGAGGUAAGCAGCGCCGAAUCCGGUGAUUCGGAAAUAGAGCUGGUCUCGGAAGACCCCUUAGCUGCCGAAGAGGUUCUCCACUCCAGCUACAUGACCUUCAGCCACGCCGGGGGGCCGCCGCCUUCCCCGGCCUCCCCUUCCAUACAGUACAGCAUCCUGAGGGAAGAAAGAGAGGCCGAACUGGACAGCGAGCUCAUCAUCGAGUCGUGCGAUGCCUCGUCGGCCUCUGAGGAGAGCCCCAAACGGGAGCAUGACUCCCCGUUGAUGAAGCCGGUCAUCAUGGACAUCAUCCAGGAGGAGAACCACUCCCGAAACGAAAGCCGGGCGGCCUCGAACUACCACGUCAACAGUUCCAAGGAGAGCAGGAUGAACAGGGAAAACCUGGCGGACUCAGCCUCCUACCUGAAGUGUUCCUUCGCCGCACCGAAAGCAAAUGUCGAAGCGUCUUCCUCCUCUUCCAUGGUCGCCGAAGAGAAAAAGGACAAAGUUCCUCAGAAGAAGUCGUCUGACGCAGGGGCAGCUGGGGGCCCGAGCCAGCCCCCUUCCAAGGGCUCGGUGGCAAGAAGUCCCUGGCCUUCUCCGCCACUGCCGUUUCUAAAUAAGCAAAAAGCUAUGGACCUGCUGUACUGGCGCGACAUCAAGCAGACGGGCAUCGUCUUUGGGAGCAUCCUGCUGCUGCUCUUCUCCCUCACCCAGUUCAGCGUCGUCAGCGUGGUCGCCUACCUGGCGCUUGCAGCUCUCUCGGCCACCAUUAGCUUCAGAAUCUACAAGUCAGUGCUACAGGCUGUGCAGAAGACCGAUGAAGGGCACCCUUUCAAGAAUUACUUGGAGAUGGAAAUGUCCCUCUCCCCGGAACAGAUUCAGAAAUACACAGAUUGCCUCCAGUUGUACGUCAACAACACAGUCAAAGAGCUCCGGCGGCUUUUCCUCGUCCAGGAUCUGGUGGAUUCCUUAAAAUUUGCAGUACUAAUGUGGCUGCUGACUUACGUUGGAGCACUCUUCAAUGGCCUGACUCUUCUGAUAAUGGCUGUGGUCUCAAUGUUUACUCUACCUGUCGUAUAUGACAAGUACCAGGCACAGAUUGACCAGUACUUGGGACUUGUGAGGACCCACAUAAAUACUGUUGUGGCAAAGAUCCAAGCAAAAAUCCCAGGUGCAAAGAGGAAGGCUGAGUAGAGGCGGCGGCGAGGAUCCAUCAGCUUACAGGAGUGAAUGAUGAGGGAGUCUGGGACGAAAACAGCUCUGUUCUUACUUUUUACCGCAUAAUUUAUUGUUCCUUUCUCUCUCGUUCUCUCUCUCUCUCUCUUUGGGUGAAGACAGAUGUGGUACCAGAGGACAGUUCAUAGCAUGUCCUUCAGUCAUGG